AUGGAAAAUAAUUCUUUUGAAAUCUCACCUCCAAAUUCUCUUGAUUCCUCCAAAACCCUAGAUGGUCAAACUCUGGCUUCUUGCUCCAAACUCGAAAAUUCAUCCACGUGGGGCAUUGAAGCAUUGCAGGAUGAUUCUGACGUACGAGACGCAGUUUUCUAUACGGAUGAAGAGAACGAGGAGAAAGGGUGUGAAAUUAGAGACGAUGGACCCUCGAAUUUGUCACCGAUAGCUGGGCCAUGCUCCAAAAAUAUUGAUUUUGACGGAGAACCUUUGGCUUUGAAUGCUAAACCCUCCGCCUCAGACUGGGGUGAAAGGCAUCCACAGAAAACACCAGUGGAAAUUGAACCCGAUCCACCUGUUUUGACUAUGCUAUUGGAAGAUGUCAAGCCUGUUAUAUUGGGAGGAGGGUUAGAAAAUUUGGGCAACACGUGCUUUAUGAAUGCAGUGUUACAAUGCUUUAUACACACCGUGCCACUUCUUCAAGGCCUUUUUAACUCUUCCCAUUCGACUGCUUGUCAUUUUAACAGUGAAGGGUUCUGUGUUCUCUGUGAUCUGCGUGAGCUUGUUGAACUUGCAUUGAUUUCUGCUACCGGAGUUGUCUCCCCUUGGAAGCUUGUCAACAAUUUGAGCUAUUUUUCUUCAAGUUUCCGAAGGUUUCAACAGGAAGAUGCACAUGAAUUUCUACAGUGCUUUUUGGAUAGACUUGAAAGUUCUGAAAAUUUGAAGCCAAAUGAAGCAGUGUCUUCACGGAAUGACAACUUUGUGAAGCGGGUUUUUGGAGGUCGUCUUGUCAGCAAACUGAAGUGUUGCAACUGUGGUCACUCUUCUGAUACUUAUGAGCCUUCAAUCGACCUGAGUUUGGAGAUUGGGGAUGCUGACACGCUAUUAAUAGCUUUACAAUCCUUCACAAAGGUUGAAAAAAUUGAAGAUCCAGAGACAAAGUUUACGUGUGAAGAGUGUAAGGAGCAAGUAUCAGUUGAGAAACAACUUGUGUUAGACCAUGCACCUUCAAUAGCUGCAUUUCACUUGAAGAGAUUCAAAAGUGAUGGUAGAUAUGUUGAGAAGAUUGACAAGCAUGUAGCAUUUCCAUUAGAGUUGGAUCUGCUACCUUUCACUUGUGGUGACAAAACAAAUGCAGAACUCAAGUAUGAACUUUAUGCUGUUGUGGUGCAUGUUGGAUUCACAUCUACUUCGGGCCACUUCUAUUGCUUUAUUCGUGUAUUGCCUGAUAUGUGGUGCAAGUUUGAUGAUUCAAAGGUCAUUUGGGUUCAUGAACAGUUUGUGCUGUCACAGGAGGCAUACAUUCUUUUUUAUGCAAAACAGGGCACAGCCUGGUUUUCAAAUUUAAUUGAAUCUCAAAAACGAGGCAGUGACUCAACUAUAUUGAACACCUCUCCCAAAUCAGUGUUGGAUAAUGCAGACAUCCAUGCAUCUCCUCUUGUGCAAAAUAAUAAUGGUUCUGAUGUCCAUGGAAGCAAUGACAUUUCUGAUGAAUCUCUUACAGAGGAUUGUAGUGAACAAAAACAUAGUGGAGUUGAGAACAUGGAAAUUAAAGAUAAUAGGUCGAAAACAAUACGUGAUUUGCCCAAAGAGUCUACUUCUUUGCCAACAGUAGCAAAUAAUUCAUCUGAUGUACUUUCACAUGAAGCUCACAAAGUAAUUUCUUCAAGUUCACUACAAAAAGUUAUCAUUGACGUUGAGGUUGGUGCGGUUGGAAAUAAUCCAAAUAUUACUCCUCAAACACCUCAGAGAUGUUCAAGUCCAGAGAUACACGGAGAAGAGCAACCAGAUGCUGGUUUCUCUAUUCUGCGUGAUCAUCUGAGAUUGGUGGAUGGUAUAUCUUGCAAGAGGAAAUUGGAGAAGGAUCUGGAAACAAAUCAGGCCUGUUCAUUCAUAAGGAAAAGCAUUCCGGGUGCCAGAGGUCAGCAGUUAAUGGCUACAUUGAAUUUGAGGGGGUCACGCAGUGAAGGUGCUGUGAAUAAGAAAAGAAAAAGAAUCUUAUCUCCAAAUAGAGGUAAAAGUGCUACGACUACUCACCAUAGGUCGAUCAUUGCAGCUAAAAUGCGUCGUUUGAUUGGUGUAGCUUUUAGGUUAAGGUGA